GCUCUCAAAAGGACCUCGACGAAGAGUUAACGGCACUUGAAAGUACCUCCAAAGUUUAUAACUUAACGGCACUUCUUAAAAAACGAAUGCAGUCGGCGAGGGAAAUCCCAUACUUACUUCACGACAAAGUAAUCUACAAUGAACCUGCCACUAUCUGUGAACUUUCAGUGAUUGGUUUGCAAACUUUAGUUUAGAAACACAUAUGCCUGGUGAAACCGCUCCCCUUACUAUCUCUUCCCUUGAAAGCAUUGUGUUCACUAAUCAGUUAAUAGUACAAGCAAUUAAAAGCCUUAAACCUUCCACUAGUACGGGACCGGAUGGCCUCGCUUCGAUAAUUUUCAAAAACAGUGGGUGUGAUAUACCCCUGUUACUUCUUAAAUUCUUCUCAAUAUCUAUGGACACUGGCACUUACCCUAGUGAGUGGAAAACUAGCUUCAUAAUUCCACAUUACAAAUCUGGUGAUAGGGCAAACGUCCGCAAUUACAGACCCAUAAAUAUAACCCCAGUUAUCUCACGAAUCAUGGAGAAAGUUGUAAAGGAUCAAUUGUCAGACUACCUAAUUAGGGAGGAUCUUGUUACAAGGUCUCAACACGGAUUUCUCAAAAAUAGAUCCUGCGUUACUUGCCACUUCGACUUUUUCAACUGCAUCACUAGUAGUCGCGAAGCACGUAAGCUAGUCGUUGUUCUAUACUUCGAUAUAUCUAGGGCAUUUGACAUGGUAUCUCACAGUAUUCUCUUUGAGAAGCUGUACUCUUGUGGAAUUCGCAACCCAUUACUGAACUGGUUAAAAUCAUUUCUAAGCAACAGGGUACAAAUAACCAAAGUUGGAUCUGUAUUGUCUCAUCCUAGGCAGAUCUCAAGUGGGGUCGUGCAAGGUAGUGUCCUAGGUCCACUUUUAUUCACAGUUUACAUUAACAGCAUUUGCAAGUGCUUCACCUCAGGUAAACCAUUCCUAUAUGCUGACGACCUCAAAGUCGUCUACUCCUGCUACACUCAUGAAUUAAGCGAUAUGGUAAAUAAAAUACAUCUUGAACUAAGUAGCCUUGCAACGUGGUGUGCUGAAUCCUGUCUAAAUUUUAACAUUGACAAAUGCGGCUGGAUUUGUAUCGGCAACAGUAAGCUUGAUCUAAACCUUGAAAUAAAUGGGCGAAAACUAGCUAAGCUCAAUUCAGUCGUAGAUCUCGGUAUUAGAUACUCUAGUAACCUAACGUUCGCUGAACAGACUGAUUAUGCCAGACGUAAAACGCGAAGGCUGAUAGGAUGCAUAACACGCAAUUUCUUUUGUUGUGAAACUAGGGUUUUAUUAUACAAAGUAUGUGUCCGACCUAUCUUAGAAUACUGCCCGUUUAUUCUUAGCGGACUAAGACAAAAUGACAAGCUUAAAUUAGAGGGAGUGCAACGGCAGUUUACCUCAAGAACUCUUGGUUUAGAAAGUGGUCUGGAAUACCAUGAG